CCUUCGCAUUUUUCUCCUUAAGCUCUUGUAACUGUUAGCAGAAAGUCAUCACCAUCAGGGCUGUCUCUGAACCAGAAUUAAUCUAAUUCAGGUCCUGAAGCUGGACGUUCUCUGGACCAUCAGGAAACACACUUCCCCUCCUCCAUCCACCGCCUCACUCCCGCAUGCUGAUCCAGCAUGCUGCCUCUCAGGAUGCUGGGCUUUCUCAUGCUCAUGUUUUUACUAUGUGAUGCGGACAGUACAUGUCCAAAAGACUCCAACCCUCUCCAACUAGAGCCUUCUGAGGUUAUAGGAGAGCAUGGGGAUGAGGUCAUAGUAAACUGCACCAGCUCAUCUGAGGAUCAUGAUGGGAUGUACUGGAUAAAUGGAGACAAUAGGACUGACAGUCAAGAAGACGCUGCCUUUUUCCCCUACUCAGUGUCACUGUCUGACUAUAAUGUAACGGCUGAGUGCAAAAUAAAGGUGAAUAGUUCUGAAUGCGGGAAAGAGCUUGGAAUCACUAUAUACAAGAAUCCAUCCAUGGUUAAUGUGUAUCCCACAAAGCAUGUAAAGGCUAUGGUGGAAGGGGAACAGUAUGAGCUGCACUGUGAUAUCCACGAAGUUGCUCCUGUUCAAAACCUCACUGUGAGGUGGUACAAAGACAGUCAACUUAUCCACACAGACUCUUUCACCGACACAAUCAAAACACAAGUGAAUAUGUCUUCCAUUUUGACAAUCAACAUCAGCAGAGGAGACAGUGGAGUUCAGUUUAAAUGUGAGGCUCAGCUGGACUUUGGGCCAAGUGGACCAGUAACUCCUGUUCUGUUUGCAACAUACAAUAUUUCUGUGGACUAUGCUCCUGAAUUCAAAGGCAAUACUACUGAUUUAAUCUCUGUGAAGGAGGGUGAUGAUGUCACCCUGAACUGUGAGGCUGAGGGUAACCCUCCUCCUAGCUUUCAUUGGACCCGUGAUGGGGUGAAUUUGAUGGCCAACACAAGUAAUCUCAGUAUUACUCAGGUAAUGGCUGGCUCGGUUUACACUUGCACAGCCCACAAUUAUCUUGGGACACCAACUAAGCACAUCUAUGUUGAUGUGAUAAAUACCAUGGCAGGACCUGCUGUGGACAUGACCACUCCAGCGGCAGCAACACAAAAGGGUUGCCCCCUAAUAUUGAUGCCCCCUGAAAUUGUGGUGAGAUUUGGAGAUCCAGUGUCAGUUAACUGCACCACAUCAGAGACAGAUGCUCAAGGAAUGGGCUGGGAGGCUCCAUCUGGAGGCACAGGGUUUGAAAAGGGUCCUACUGUCACCUGGAUGGUUGAAAGCCUAGAGAACUGGUACAUACUCGCUAAGUGCUACAUUACUAGAAACAAUGGUGACCAGUGUCAGGUGAUGCCAUCCAUCACGCUUUAUAAGACUCCAGACCUUGUGUCAGUCACUGCACCGCAUGAUGGUCCGAUGGUGGAGAACACAGAGUCCAAGCUGAUAUGUAAAAUCACCAAUGUGGCUCCUGUGCAGAACCUCACUGUGAAGUGGUACAAAGGCAAUGAAGUUGUGUGGACUGAAACGUUUAAGAAUCUCAGUGUGACCCCAGUUAAUGUGACGUCUACCCUAAAAGUGACUCCUACAAAAGAAUACGAUGGAGCACGUUUCAAAUGCGAUGCUGAGCUGCACCUUGGACCAAAUGGACCAGAACAGAUCCCUGCUACAUCCUCAGAACCUCACGUUGCUGUUGUGAACUACAAGCCACUGAUUAAAGAUUGUCCAGACCAUUACGUUGGUAUGGAAAACUUCAGAAUGGACAUGGUGCCCUUUAAAGCUGUUGGGAACCCUCCUCCCACUCUUCAGUGGUACUAUGAGGGAGAACCGAUCAGUGCGUUUCAGCCUCUCACCAGGAAUCACUCAGGAACAUAUACACUGGAAGUUAGAAAUAGCCUUGGCAAGAGCAACAAACCUGUUCAUAUUGAAAUUGAAUACAGCCCUUCAUUUUCCUGUAAUAAGCAUUACGAAGUUAAAGAGCACAGUGAGCUCCAACCUGAGUGUAAACCAAAAGGAAAUCCUAUACCUGACAUCAAAUGGUUUAAAGAUGGAAAACCCUGGGAAAAGAAACCCUGGACAAGGCGUGAUAAUGGAAAUUAUAGUCUUGAAGCAACCAACAAAUAUGGAACAGACUUUCACAAAUUUCAUGUUAAUGUCCUGUAUGCCCCUGAGUUCAACGAGAAAAAUUACAGUAAGGAGGUGACCCCGGGUCAAAAUGUGACUUUUACCUGCAAGGCUGAGGGAAACCCUGUCCCUAGGGUCAGCUGGAACUACACCUCUGCACCGAAUGUGAUUAAAGCCACUGGGGGGAGCCAGGAGAGUAUCGUUGUCACAGGAGCCACGUCUACCAAUGCUGGUGUUUACAUCUGCGUUGCCACGAAUAAAGUUGGGAGUGUGUCAAGAUCUUUCACACUGAUUAUGAAAGAUACAACCGAUGGAGGCCUCUUUCCACUCAUUUGGUGGUUGCUAAUUGUAUUGCUCAUCGUCCUCCUCCUCAUCUGCCUGAUAAUUUACUGCAAGAGACAGACAAAACAUGGACAAUAUAACUUUGUUCCUAACAAACCCAGGGAUACCUGCCCCCAGGAACAUGCAGGUAUCCCUUUGACUACAAAGUCGAAUGCUUAGAAAGCUUAGAAUAUUUAUAACUCGCUGCUAAGUAAGGUUAACUCAACUUGGGAACUGAAAAUAUAACCUUGUAUUGACAUGAAUGGCAUGUAAAUAUAGUAUUUCCAUUUAUACUUCUGUAUACUGUCCUGUUUACACUGCUCUAUAUGUAAAAGGCCUUUUGUCCAAAAACGAGAGGUACCUAGGAGGACCAUGUUUCCAGACUCCUGACAAAGCAGCUGUAUCAUAACAUUUUUUUUUUUUUUUUUAUCUGUGCAGCUUGAAAGUUUAACCUAGCUUUUAUUUUUGUUUUUAAAUUCUAAAUAAACCUACAUUAUAACCUGU